AUGACAAGGAAAGUCAUUACAGUUGGCACGCCUUCAGCACCUGUGGCCAGGGCAGAUGGAUCCCAUCUGAUCUGGGAUGAUGUGCCAGCAUCCUUCUUCGCAUAUCAAAAACGUGAAGCGAGCCCAGAAACUGAUUUUGAAUCAGUUGCGAACCAUCGUAAUUCAUAUUCUGAUCACUUGGAGUUACCGCAGUCCAAUGUAUCUGCUAGGGCGGAUCUUGAGUAUCCUAUUCCCACUGCGGGAUAUCUCUCACGCCGUGCGGCGCUGACCGGAACCAGCUUCCUCGAUCCCAAGGUAAACCUCGACGUCCUCUCGUGUGCGUUGGACUCCGAUAUUUCCGGUUGUGAUGACUGUGACAACCAAGACGUCCCUGCCAUCCCACCCAUCGGCGCAGGCACCGACGUCCCAAGUGCACCUACUGGCCCAGCUCCAACGUCUGGUGGUACUAAAGGUUGUGUGGCCAUCGUCUACUAUCAGGAUGAUCACAAGAAACUGCAGGAAUACCACGCAUAUGAGUUCUAUCCCCUCACGCCCUCCAUCGAUGUAUGCCCUGAAAUCAACCCGCCGGAUUGGAUAGAGUCAGGCGCACCAGAUGCCAUGCCAUCAGAGAUGACCGGCAUCUCCGCGUUCGGGGAUAAAUGGAGCGGGUCCCUAAGCUCCAGGAGAUAA